GCCAGUUCCAUUUGGUGGUGACUGGAAACCAUCAAAUUGCCGGAGCCUUCUUUCCCAGGCGCCAAGGAACGGGCCUGACCUUGCAACUACACCGCGAUCCCACCCACAGUGAUGGCUACCAGCACAUUUGAAACGCAGGGCGUCCGUGUCGCUGUCGAAGGCUGCGGCCAUGGCACGCUCAACGCCAUCUACGCCUCCGUGGCAGAGUCGUGCAAGCACCGUGGCUGGGAUGGCGUCGAUGUUCUAAUCAUCGGCGGCGAUUUCCAGUCCUGCCGAAAUGCUGCAGACCUGAGCAUCAUGUCCUGCCCGGUCAAGUACCGCCACCUGGGCGACUUUCCACAGUACUACUCGGGAGAGCGGAAGGCUCCCUACCUGACCAUCUUCAUUGCCGGUAACCACGAGGCAAGUUCGCACCUGUGGGAGCUCUACUACGGCGGCUGGGUCGCACCCAAUAUCUACUAUCUCGGCGCCGCCAACAUCCUUCGUCUCGGCCCUCUGCGCAUCGCUGGCCUGUCGGGUAUCUGGAAGGGCUUCGAUUACCGCAAACCGCACCACGAGCGCCUGCCCUUUAAUUCUGAUGACGUCAAGUCGUGGUACCACGUCCGAGAAUUUGAUGUGCGCAAGUUGCUUCUCGUUCAAACCCAGGUCGACGUAGGGUUGAGCCACGACUGGCCACGUGCCAUCGAGAAGCAUGGUGAUCAGGAAUGGUUGUUCAGAAAGAAGCCGGAUUUCCGACAGGAGUCCAAAGACGGAUCCCUUGGAAGUGUGGCGGCGGAAUACGUCAUGGACAGGUUGAGGCCCCCGUACUGGUUCUCAGCCCAUCUGCACGUCAAAUUUGGGGCUCUCAAGACCUAUGCCGAUGAGCAAGUUAAUGAGGCUGAUGAACCCAAACUUGAAGCUGUCUCGGUGGCUCCUGCUGCUAAAGAGAGCAACCCAGACGAGAUUGACCUUGAUAUGGAUGAUGACGAUGAAGAGGAGGACAUGAAACCAGUGACACCUGAGGCUAACGCGACGGUGCCUGUUAAGGAAGAGAUGAGUGAAGUUUCGGAGGAGUUGAGAGCUCAACUUCCUGCUUCCUUCGCCCGGCCACAAGCAAAGCGGACACCUGGCCAACCCGUACCACGGGGAAUCACGAAUAAGGAAGUCCGAUUUUUGGCCCUCGACAAGUGCCUUCCAGGGCGGCAUUUCCUCCAGCUCUGUGAGAUGCAACCUAUGAAGCCGGAGAUGAAUGCCGAGCACCCACCCAGUGAGAGUUCGCCGCGCUAUCGCUUACAAUACGACCCAGAGUGGUUGGCAAUCACUCGAGUCUUUCACAAGUCCCUUGUCAUCGGUGACCCAACGGCGCAGACCCCACCGGAUCUGGGAGAGGAGCACUACCUUCCUCUCAUGGAAGCAGAGAGAGCAUGGGUCGAGGAGAAUAUUGUAAAGACUAACAAGCUGGAUGUUCCAGAAAACUUUGAAGUCACGGCUCCGCCAUAUAUCUUGGGAAAUCCUGAGAUUGUGGAGGAGCAGCCGGAGGAGUACAGCAACCCUCAAACAGUACUUUUCUGUGAACUGCUGAGUAUUGAGAACAUCUGGGAUGCAUCCGAGGAGGAGAGGCAGGAGAGAAAAGCACAAGGGCCGUCGCCGUCGCAAAGAGGUGGUUUCGGCGGAGGAAGAGGGUUUGGCCGUGGUAGAGGAGGUCGUGGUGGUGGCCGCGGCGGAGGACGAGGGAGAGGACGAGGGAGAGGAAGAGGCAACAGGGGCAGAUGGUAACAGAGAAACCAGGGUUUACGUCAAAACUGCAAAGAAGCUGGGACUCUUUUGCUGAAAAAAGGAAGAAGGAGAAAAGACUGAGAUAUUUUAUUAUUCUAGUGAGAAUUAGCAGCCAAUAUUCGAUGAGGGUGGUAGGUGGUAUUGGCGCUUACCAAAGU